AUCAGCCAAAACCAACCAAAAAGCAUCAAAUAAGCCAAGUAAUAACCCAAGGUAAAAAACCUACAAUAAGUACCAUAGCAGCAGAGCAAAUCAUGGAGAUCAGGCGGCGCACCUCUUUGCCAUGGCUGGCACUGAUGCUCUUGCUCUGCCUGUGUCUUGGAACAGGCACUGCCAAGGGCGACAUCAGCAAUCAGAGCUCAACACAAAAUACACAUUGGCAACAGCAGCAGCAACAGCAGCAGCAGCAGCAACAGCAGCAGCAGCAGCAACAGCAGAGAUAUCAAAGUCAUCUGAAUGAAUCUCAUGCUGUGCCAGAGAAACCCCCACCAACGAUAUCGAUUGUGAGCUCUCCCCAUGAGAUGCAUUUGACACGCACCUCCCUCAUCUUUGGACUAACCAAGGUGCCCGCCAACGAGAGCCAAGUGAGUGCCAGAUGCCAGGGACAGCUGCGUCAGGUGCAGCGAGGGAUACUCACCAAACAGCCGUGGGCCAUGAAAGUUCUCGAUGCUUCUGGAACGAAACCCUCUGGCUUUGUGUACGGCCAGAACUACUGGCUGGGCAGUCGUGAGGCCUGUAGCGGGGUGCAACGACCUGUGGGCAUUACCCUCUCGAAGAACUUCGAACGGGUGAUGCACUAUGGGAUCAUCACGCAGCAGGCGCCCUUCGAUAUGGACUACCGCGUGAUUUACCUGAGUCACAGCUCGCCCUGGCAGGUGGAGAUCAAACUGAUGUCCGAGCAGAUCAUCCACAUUGGACUGUGCCUGCCCAGGGCAUGCAGCUCGCAGGAGGUGAAGUAUCUGGCCCAGGAGUACGUGACCGGAGGGAUGUUUACCGAGAGCGAAAUCUUCGACAUUCGCCCACAGGUGGUGUACAUGAAGGAUCUGCAGCUGAAGGAGGUGUUUUUUGAGCGCCCCAGUUUUCGCUUGCUGGUGGCCUGUGUCCUGGCCACAGGCGCAUUGAUGCUAUGCGCCCAGCAGCUGACGGCCGCCAUAAAGGCGCCUCCGUCGACUGUCGAUGAUACUGGGCUCCUGGCGCCGGCAGAGUCCGAAGUGUGGCGGGCACUCCACUCGCUGCUGCAGUGGCGGCGACUGCAGAAGUUUGUCGAGUGCUUCGAUGUACCCACAAACUGGGCCAAAAUCUUCGCGGUGCGGGAGAACAGCCCCAAUGAGAUACCGCUGAUGAACGGGCUGCGGUCGGUGUGCGCCAUCUGGAUCAUGGUCUUCCAUGUCGUGUGGUUCAUGUACUUUACGGUCCACAACAAGACCGUUCUUGUAUCGUACGCGGAGCAGGCCUUCUUCCAAUACGUGUCUUCAGCCCCACUGCUGGUGGAUGUCUUCUUUACCAUCAGUGGCUUCCUGCAAACCUUUAACUUUCUGCGCAACUCCCAGCAGAUUGAGACGGUGCGUCAUAAUAGCCUGCGGCAGAAUCUGAAGCUCUUUGGCAAGCUACUGUUCCAUCGCUACCUGCGUCUGGGACCGCUCUAUCUGGUGGUAAUGGCCACCGUGGAUCUGGUGUACGCCUACAUUGGAGAUGUCUCCAUUUACCACAUCAACGAGCGCUUCGAUGAGAUGUGCUCCAGGCACUGGUGGCGGAAUCUUCUGUUUAUCCAGAACCUCUUCGAUCACAGGGAUAUGUGCGCCAACUGGAGCUGGUCCCUAGCCUGCGAGAUGCAGUUCUUCAUCCUGGCCAAUGGAUUGCUAUUCCUUUAUGUGAAGCAUCCCAAGGUAACCAAGGCUCUGGUAGCCUCCGCCCUUGUCUCGACCAUUGUGUGGUCGUAUGGCAUCGGCUUAAGCAUCAAGUUUCAGCUCUCCUUCGAUGCAGCCUUUGCCACUGGCACAGAGAUCUACACCUCGCCCUUUGUGCGGGUCCUCCCAUACAUUUUGGGCGCCAUCACAGCCUGGUGCCUGAUGGAGCGAUGCCUUCAGGUGGAGUUGAGCGAGUCCCGCGAGCGUUUGUACUGGCAUUUCGCGCUCCUGGUCUUCUUCGGGUGCAUUUACUCGACGGUGAGGCGGGAUCUGGGCCCCCUGAUGGCCAUCACGCUGUUUGUCAUGGGCCGCCUGUUCUUCUCGCUGAGCGUCUGUUGGAUGAUAGCGGGCAGUGCCGGUGGUCGAGGCGUUUGGUGGUCACGUCUGCUGGAGGCUAAGGGCUUCCAGCAUGUCAGUAGGCUGUCGUACGCCAUUUACCUGCUCAAUCCAUUGGUCAUAGCCCUCUUCUACAGUCUCACUAGCUCCAGCACGCAUGCGGAUCCCUUUAUGCUGUGCGUUGUCACCUGUGGCUUUGCUGUCAUCUGCUACCUGGCUUCGAUUCUCUUUUCGCUGGCCUUCGAGCUGCCGUAUAGUAAUCUCUCCAGCCUCCUGCUGCGCCGAGACAGAACCAGCAGCAGCAGCAAGCCGAAGAACGCCUAAUAGAAGCUAGCCCUUAAGUUAGAUCGUUAAGGUCAACGUACACGCCUCCAACAUCUGACAAUUGUGAUCGCUUUCAUGUACAACUAAACUACUCAUCAUUAUCGAAACCUUAGUCUUAGUCUCUUGUCUUAGUUUUUUUUUUUUGUAUAGUAUUUAUACCAUAUAGGUACUAUAAAUAUAUCGUUCAUCGUACGGCGUGCAUGGGUGGCCACCAUACUUAAUAAAUAUUGUACGAUUACUAACGCAUUAGUUUUAUAAUACAUCCAGAACGUUAUACGUAUUAUAUCAAC